AUGGUAAUUCGAUCUGAACUUUUGGAACAACAGACUCAGCCAUCACCUUCUCUAUUUAUUCUCUGUAAGUGCGCCAGAACUAGAUCUCGAAGAAGCUCUGCAGAAUUUUCUUCUUGCCCGAUGGAGAAUCAGAAACAUACCUAUAGACUACAUUAUUUUGAUGUUCGAGGGCGUGGGGAGCCAAUUCGUCUAAUAUUCGAAUAUUAUGGCGCAAAGUACGAUGAUCAUCGUAUCAAAGAGGAAGAAUGGCCGAGUUUGAAAGGAGGUGAGAAUGGAUUUCUUUGCUGUACUGGAUAG